AGACUUAAGCUGACGUUUAAGAACGGCGACGCGCUCGGGUUCGUGUUUAGGUGACUUUUCGCUUGUUUUUCGGUUUUAAAAUACCGAAAAAACGUUAUAAAGACAUUCAAACCUGUUGUCUGAACGCACAUCCCUGUUUUUCUUGUACACUGACGUCGUUUAGUGGACAUGCGUCACUAGACACACGAACAGACCACAAUGUUCCACAACAGCUCACAGAAGAAAUUCUGGACUUUUAAAAAUGAGGAUGAACUGGAGCAGAUGAGGUGCAUAGCCAAUGAGAAAUUCCGUAAGAAGGCACUAGACAGUGCAAAGCCUGGUAUCAUUGAUCCAAUGUUGUUGGGACGCCAUGAGGAGGACGCGUUGUUUCGAUACUACGAGAGGAGGCUGCUGGACUUCUGCAAUGCCUUUAAGCCUGCGAUGCCCAAAUCUGUGGUGGGUACAGCCAUCAUGUACUUCAGGAGAUUCUACCUGAACAACUCGGUCAUGGAGUAUCACCCUAGGAUUAUCAUGCUAACAUGUGCGUACCUGUCCUGUAAAGUGGACGAGUUCAACGUGUCCAGUACCCAGUUUGUGGGAAAUCUUCUGCAGGAGACCCCAGCGGGACAGGAAAGGGUCGCGGAGCAAAUCCUAGAGUAUGAGCUGCUUCUUAUCCGGCAGCUCAAUUUUCACCUGGUGGUCCACAACCCCUACAGACCCAUGGAGGGUCUGCUCAUUGACCUCAAGACUCGAUACCCAACACUGGAGAACCCAGAGUCACUGAGGAAAAGUGCUGAUGACUUCCUUACCCAAGCAGCCAUGACAGAUGCAGGACUUGUGUUUUCUCCAUCCCAGAUUGCUCUGACGGCUAUUCUAAACAGUGCUUCCAGAGCUGGUCUCAACAUGGAAAGCUACCUUACUGAAUGCUUGGGCCUGAAAGAGGACAAAGAGACUCUUUCCAAGAUGUAUGACUCCAUGAGACGUAUGAAAACCCUCCUGAAGAAAUAUGAACUUCCCAAACAGGACGAGGUGAACAUUUACAAACAGAAACUGGAGAGGAUUCAUGCUGAAUUUGCUUCUUCAAGCAACAAACGAAAAAGAGGAUAUGAAGAAGAUGGCCAUGUAGCCAAAGAACCUCGACUGACUGAAGAGGACUGGACUGAUGAAGACCUCUUAUGAGAUUUAUUGGGUUAUGUUCAAAGUUUCUGUGUGACUCCAGUAAUUUACAAAAGAUUUGGUAAAUGACCCAAAAUGACAACAUUUUGGUUGCAUUUUUUGCAGAGAGAAUAAAGAUAUUUUUCUACAUGUUUUGUCACAGAUAUUGUCCUCGAGUACAAGUGCCACAUAAUACUGAAUGCACAUGUCUCAACUUUUGCGAGGGCACAAUAAACGACUCCAUAACCUACUUUACAAAAAUGGUUUAAUAAGUGCAUGCAUGUCUGUUAUACAGUCUGUACUAUUUAAAAAAAAUACAACUGUAAACUUUG